UCUGACCUGAUCUUUCUGACACCCCUGACCUGAUACAGCACGACAACUUACUCGGAAUAUUUGCCUCUCCCACAACCGUUAGAGCAGAAUUAGAAAAGUAUAACGCUUCUUGUAUGCCAGGCGUCAUACACUUGGAUGUGUUGCUUGAAGUGAUUAGAACCAACCGAUACCCAAUGAAAGUAUCGAUAUCAGAGGACGCCACGUCUAUCAUUCCCAAAAGAGAGUUUCACUUGAGAUAUAAUGCAAUCCUUGGUGGUAGCCUACCACUAGGGAAAACAGGUUUACCGGAUCCCAAGGGUGGCGUGGUGAAUUCUGUCAGCGAUAUGACGAACUACUUCAAACAUUACAACCCAGCUAAAGUAAUUUUUGUCAUAAUGGCACAGCCAAUGGCAGAUUUUGCUCCGCCCGUGCGGAUUUGUACCUUCGCAAGUGAUAAUAAAAUGACGGCGCUUGAUGUAAAGAACAGACACUACUACAUCAAAGAACAUUUGAAGAGUGUAGGAAUUGAAAUGGUCGCAAGUGGAUCUGACGGUGACACAAGAGAAAUGAAAUUUAUGUUGCAAAACUCAGGACUUGGGGUGCAGCUUUCUGACUUUACCAAAGACACCGAUGACUACCGCUCGAAUCCGGGGAAUCGGGAGGGAGCUUUCAGGGUGAAUAUUUUUUGCCCCGUCAACCUGAUUGCCCGAUCACAACCCCGAUUAAUCACAACCCGCUUGUGUUAUUAUUUUUAAUACAUCGGGAUUUGGGAUACCCAAGUACAUCUCGAAUUUACUCUUUAGUUUGGGCACUGGAUUCGUUUUCUUUUGCCAAUGUACGAAUUCCAUAGAAACCGAGAUCGUGAAG